AUGCUCCCAAACCGACAGAGACCGCAGCCCAAUCUGCAGGUUCCAGUCCCGACCUUCCCUCUCUCAUCACCCAUCACUGAGGAAGUAGAAGCUUCCUCAUGCUCAUCUGCCGAGGACCAUGGGUUGGAACGGAGUCGGCCGUUUGAUUUCCUAGUCAAAUCCACUAGACAAAAAGUCGAGAAGUCACAAAAAGAGGGAAGCCGAUCCCCAAAGAUCCCAAACUUGCAUCGAUUCCACGGAGAAAGCUCAAGGCUGAGCAUGAGUGGGAUUGUGAAGAAAAAGAAAGCCGCCAAACCAGCCGGCCUCAACCUGGUCACGAACUUUUCGCUUUCAGCACCAUCACCUAAAAAGCAACCCGACAAUAACGCUACGGCUCCAUUUGUGGACUUGAAUGACCUGAAACAACUAUCUAAGGCCCGGGAGAAAGAACGCUCAGUACAAAAAGACAAGACAAAGAGCACCUCGAGAAGAGCCUCUCGGGUUGGUCAGCGUCUGGACCCAAAUGAGUCCCACCAUGGAGACUUCUUUCUCAACCAAAGCUCCGAGAACUCAUUCAUCGAUCGGACAGAUUCGGGGCUAUCGCCCUCUGACCGCAAUGUUAUGAUCGGUCUGACAGUCCCAUACCACGAGUCCUCGGAUCGAUCAAGAGAGCUCGACAGUGCCGGUGACCAGCCCCUCACACCCUCGAUAAUCGUUACUCCUGCCUGCGAAGAAGCAUUUUGGUCUGCAGAUACACCCAGUCCAGAAGGCCUACGACCUCGAGCAACAUCUAGCGUCUACUCCCAGCCCACUCCACGUCUCAAUGAUAUCCCUCCGGUUCCAGCCAUACCAGAGGAGCAUUCUUUGUCCAAAAAGCAAACUGAGGAGUCUGAUUAUCUGAAUGCUCAUUUUGUUGCUAUGACACGGAAGCGUCAAUCUCUUUCGGCUGGUACCAUCUUUCAGAGUGAAAUCGACAGCCCGGAAGCAGAACGCCCUCGAACAAUAAUCGAUGACAAUGAUCAGAGCCCUUUGAACCGGCUGAGUGUAAAUACGGAAGCAAGUCGUCCACAGUCCCAAGGAUGGUGGAAUGUACUGCUCUCGCCAUUACUCGGUCGUUCAAAUACACUCUCUAGUAAGAAGUCUCCACUCAGCCCGAGAUUUCCUCAAGCGAGUCCAUCUAUGCCGGGAACAUCGCAAGCAGGUAAGGAAAAGGAGAUUUCCUGCUUCUCGCCCGAUACACCGGAGACCGCCGUGACGAACCAGUGGCAAGAAAGAAACAGAAGUCUCGAGCAAUCUCGCUCUAUCGAUAACAUGGACGUAGUUCCACCGGUGCCGAAUAGACAAAAUGCCAUGUCGAUGAUGUUCCCUGGAUCCCGAGUCCAGGGUGAAGCAGCCGAAUAUUACCAGGCUUGUGCCCAUGAAUUGUUUAGCAAGGCUCCAUACUUUGAUUGUUUCAACCAUGUGUGCUCGAUUACGCCGCCGGAUGUCAUUACCAGUCAGCCAGGUAUCGGGGCCGCCGUCACGGGUGAUCGAGGGCUAGCUUUGACGGAAGCUGAGAUCCAACAUAUUCAACCUGAGAUCAAGGAUGCCGAAGCUGUGACUGGUGCUCGUGGGUUGCUGAUCGACGUGGACACACCUUCUUCGGAGGCUAUGAAGAAUUCCGAGUGUGCUAAAUGCUCCCAUUUGCGGGUUUCAACAAGUAGCACUGAUUCUUGGGCCUCCACUGCUGUUGAUACUGUUAUGGGUGAUAAUGAGAAGCAUGCACCUGAUUUGCCACAGACUAAUGCCAAAGAAUUGGUCGUUGAACCUCCAAUUAAGCCUAUGAGCCAAGAGCCCGCUCAUAUUUCCGCUCAACCUUCAGUUACAGAGCCGGCUCCCAUACCAGCAGCUUUCUUCCCACCAGAACCCGCUCCAACCCCAGCUCCAGCGCCUUUUGUGCCUCCAGAGCCUUUGGUGAGAGAGGUAGAACAAGCCCCAGCACCGUAUUUCCCAGCACCGGCUCCAACACCCCGGCCCGAGAUGCCAUUGCCAGCUCCAGCGCCUUACUACCCACCCGAACCUCCGGUUCAGGCUCCACCUCCGCAGAUUAUCAACAAUUAUCAUUAUGGUGCAGCGCCUUCCGAGAUCCCCCCCCAAGCUCCAGUCAUAGUUGAGAGAGCCAUGCCUCAUUAUAUUCCUGUAUAUCCCUCAAACAACCCCUUCCUUGCUCCACAGGAACAGCAACGGCCUCAACCCGGAACACCAGAGUGGUCAAGAGCACCUCCAGCUCCCCAGUCAUAUUCCCAAGAGCCCCCUCAGGAGGCAGAUAUCACGAAGAUGCCUGAGGAAUUUCAGGAUGCGCCACGAGAUGCACCAAAAGAAGAUGCAAGGACUCUUGAACAUCUCGCUCCGCCAGAGCAACGUGGGACACUUCAGGCAUCAGAGCCUAUUUCUCCUGGCUUUCAGCGUGCUGCGGGGGGACCUGGAUCAAUCCCAAUGUCUGAUGUUAACGCUCCAGCACCAGCGUAUGCCCAACACCACAGAGAUGCCCCUCUUCCGGAGCGUAAUGACUUCUACCCAGCUCCGGAGGCACAUUCAAUGAACCCCACAGGAGAAGUAGGCCCUGGUGAGGCUCGCCGCCGCAGACUACAACGCGAAGAUGCUGCUGGGAAGAAGAUUGGCGGUCUCUGGCGAGGACGGGGCUGUUUUAGCAACAAGGGCUGCUUCGGACGCCCCGGACGUGAAGGUCGUCUUCGCCGAAGAUGGUAUCUGUUCAUCUGCUUGUUCUUCCUCGUCAUUGUGAUUGUCGCAAUUUCUUUGGCGACUACAUUGACGAGGAAGAGUGAUGAGACUCAGGUUCAGUCAAAGUGGGUUAAUCUGACGAAUUACCCGCCCAUCGAAACUGGUAUCAUGACGAUUGCUGGAACAGAGCCCCAGGUUCAGAAUUCGGGGUGUAUCAACAUUGAAGCUAUGUGGAGCUGCGCCCUUCCUAAGGGUACCCAGCAGACUGAGAAUAAACCUUAUGCUGCAGAUAACCCCACGUUUCGGUUUGAAAUUCGCUACCGUAAUGGGACUUCUAAUAGCACAACGAGCAGUUCCAACUCAACAACUACCAAGCGUGACGUUUGGACGGCUGAUCCAUCUCCUCCGAGUGUCGCGGACCAAACCUUUCUUGGAAAUACAACCGAUGGAAACGCUCAGCCUUAUGAUGGCGAAGAGACGCCUUUCUACCUUUCUGUCCUGUCAGCCGUCCACCUAUCAUCAACGAAUAUCUUCCGCCGCAGCACCAAUAUAUCAUCCAUUAUUCCUGCACCAGACGAGGAUUCAGAUGGCACUGCGGCAGCAGCAGUACUAUACCCACUUCCUUCGUCACAACCUGUCCGCCUCUAUAACCGCGGUGAAACAUCAGAACACUACGGCUUUUAUACCUACUUUGACAAGUCCAUCUUCCUUCAGACAAGAGCACCUCUCAACAACAGCAAAACAGACUACAAUCCCGAAGACCAAAACGGUGGCGUGACCAAAGCAAACGCCCAGGUCCGGUGCACUUGGUCGCAAACUCGCUUCCUUGUCCAGAUCUGGACUAAUCCAUCAGGCAUGGGCUAUUCUCUCAAUAGCGAAAGCAGUACAACCGCUACUGCCGCGGCAUCAGCUACUUCCACUUCCGUCACGGCUACUUCGUCGUCAUCAGCCACGGAUUAUACUCGUCCCGGUUCGUUCCCGUACCCUGUUACCGUUACUUUGGAUCGACACGGUGGCGAUGACGAUAAAAAGAGGCUGUAUUGUUAUGGCAUCGAAGAGGACGGUCAUUACAAUAUGACGGACAAGAAGUUCCAGGUUGAGGAUCGGGCUGUUGGAGGUACUUUGGUCAAUCCUGCUUUUGGUUCUUCUACGCCCUCUUCGGCUUACGGAGGUAUUGAUGGUGGGACGGGUGGUUGUGAAUGUCAGUGGAUGAAUUGGAUAUCUAAGUCAUAG